UGCCGCCCCGCGCUCGUCUCGCUGGCCGUGCUGGGCGGGCCUGGCGGAGCCAUGGCGGCUGUGCGGGGCCUGCGGAUCUCGGUGAAGGCGGAGGCGAGCACGACCACGGCGGAGCCGCGCGGCGCCGAGCCCGAGCCCAUGGAGGUGGAAGAGGGAGAGCUGGAGACCAUCCCUGUGAGGCGCUCGCUGCGGGAGCUUAUCCCGGACACCAGCAGGAGAUAUGAAAACAAAGCUGGAAGUUUCAUCACUGGCAUAGAUGUAACCUCCAAGGAAGCAAUUGAGAAGAAGGAACAAAGAGCCAAACGUUUCCAUUUUCGGGCUGAGGUGAACCUGGCCCAGAGGAACGUGGCCCUGGACCGGGACAUGAUGAAGAAAGCAAUUCCUAAAGUAAGACUGGACACCAUUUACAUUUGUGGAGUGGAUGAGAUGAGCACCCAGGACAUCUUUGCCUAUUUCAAAGAGUAUCCUCCUGCUCAUAUUGAGUGGCUGGAUGACACCUCAUGUAAUGUGGUCUGGCUUGAUGAAGUGACAGCAACACGGGCUCUAAUAAAUAUGAGUUCCCUGCCUGAUCAGGAGAAAACAAAGAGCAGAGAAAACAAUAAGGAGAAGACAGCUGAAAAAACCAAGAAAGAAAAACAGGAGGAAAGCUCUGAUGAUGAGACAGAAGAAGGAGAGGUUGAGGAUGACAAUCCCAGUGAUGUGGAGUUGGAUGCCCUCUCCCAGGUAGAAGAGGAUUCCCUCCUGCGUAAUGACCUUCGCCCUGCCAAUAAACUGGCUAAAGGAAACAAGCUGUUCAUGAGAUUUGCUACUAAAGAUGACAAAAAGGAGCUGGGAGCUGCAAGGAGAAGCCAGUAUUACAUGAAAUAUGGCAAUCCAAAUUAUGGAGGCAUGAAAGGAAUUCUUAGCAAUUCUUGGAAGAGGAGGUACCAUUCCCGGAGGAUCCACCGGGAUGUGAUCAAGAAGAGGACUCUGAUUGGGGACGACGUGGGCUUGACUCCCCCCUACAAACAUCGGCACUCAGGCUUGGUGAAUGUUCCUGAAGAGCCCAUAGAGGAGGAAGAGGAGGAGGAGGAGGACCAGGACAUGGAUGAAGAUGACAGGGUGGUGGUGGAGUACCGGGAUGAGCUGCAGGCUUUCAGGCAGGCGCGGGAGCGCGGCGCCACCAGGAGAUCCAGCGCCAGCGCCUCCGACUCAGACGAGAUGGAUUAUGACCUGGAGCUGAAAAUGAUCUCCACCCCCUCGCCCAAAAGCAUGAAGAUGACCAUGUAUGCAGAUGAGGUGGAGUCACAGCUGAAAAAUAUUAGGAAUUCCAUGCGAGCAGAUAGCAUAGCCACCAGCAACAUCAAAAACAGGAUUGGCAGCAAAGGAUCCUUGGAGAAAGUUGCAGAUGUGAGGCUCCUUUUGGAAGAGAAACGUCAGAAUAAUGCUGGGCCACGGCAGCCAAACAGCACUGUCAAAUCAGAUGUGAGGCAGAGAUUGGGAAAAAGGCCACACUCUCCAGAAAUCAAAGCUCCAAGCAGUACCUGUGCUCCUCGUCGAGAACCAAUCUCAGAUGUGCACAGCAGGCUGGGAAUCCCCAAACAAGAUGUGAAAGGCCUCUACUCUGACACCAGAGAGAAGAAAUCAGGUAAUUUAUGGACCAGGUUGGGGUCUGCUCCAAAGACGCAGGAAAAGACUCCAGAGAAAGCUGAAAACUCUGUGGCAUCUCCAGAGGAAGAUGACUCUGAGCUGCAGAGGGUUUGGGGUGCUCUCAUUAAGGAAAAAGAACAGUCCAGGCAAAAAAAGAGUCGCUUGGAUCAUUUACCCUCCCUACAAAUCGAGAUCAGCCGGGAAAGCAGCUCUGGCUCAGACUCUGAAUCAUGACUGGGUUCACAGCCUGGCCCUCCAGGUGCUGCCUCUGCAGCCUGGCAGGAUCCCCUUUGCCCAAAAGCUGGACACUGGCAAAGACUCUGCAGUGAAGGUUCCAGAAGUGUUUUUGAUCCUUUUCUACAUCAAGAGAGGCAUAAACCACUUGAAACCUAAAGCAAAGACAUUUGUCUGGAGUCUGUGGCUGGCCCUGUGCUCUGUAGGGCAUUGUCAUCUCUGGUUGUGACAGCAAACCUGUAGUGAAUUGUAGCAAAACAUUUUCUUCCCCGAGCUUUGAACUUAAAAGAUGAGGCAGAAAUGCUCUGUGUUUUUAAGGAGACCUUUUCUGUUCUUGAUGUUUUCAUCAUGGAGGCUUUUAACAAAAUGUUUUACACACCUCAUCCAAAGAACAGGGCAUUUAUUUCAUGAUCCAGAUCAUUGCCUUGCCCUUCUGGCUCUUACCAGCACCUUUCCUUUCCUCCUGAAGUAAUAACAAUAAAGCUUCCUGGGUGGGCAGCCAGCAAGGAUAAAGCAUGAAGGGAUUAUCACACUCCCUUCCUCCAACACACUGAAUGUAAAUCCAAGUAACACAUUUUAUCACAGUUAAAUUCCCUGUUGGUAUCCCAGUGGCACCACCAGAAUCCACGGAAUCCUGCUCAUUUAUUUUGGUGAUGCCACAUUCUGCUGUAGCAGGGAUUAAGAUGUUCAGGACUGCAAAUUGGAUGUUUGACAAUUGUAUAAACCCCUGAGGGUUUGGGGGUUUUUUUGUUUUUUUUGCUGUUGUUCCACGAGGAGAGAUUAUAUUCCUGUCAUUCCACCUGGAUUAUGUCCUGAAGCAAUCUAUCCAACAGCUGGAAAGCAUUUUUAUAUUUGUGAGAAUCUUCCCAAUGGCCACAGUGAAAGCUCUAGUGGUGUUCUCCUCUGUGCUGUUCUAUCUAUGUAGAAGUGAAGGAGAAAAGGAAAACUUUAGGAUCACUGUCUCCUGUCAAUAUUUUGGAUGUUCUUCCUGUAUAUUACACGUGGAUGUGGACAUGGGUGACUUGUUCCAUUCAGCUUUUUUACCUGCACAUUUUCACCCCUCCCUGGGUAGGACAAGGGUUUGAUCAGUGUGCAGCUGCUGGUUUUUUGGUUUUUUUUUUCAUGUUGCCAGUAAUUCUGAGUGAGGAAUAAUGCAGCACAUCACAUUCAGGUAAACAGGUAGCAAAACCAUUUUAAUAGUCUGAAAUCUGUUUGCAUCGUCCCUGUUCCUUGGUUCUAUCAGUCCAAAAUACCUGUGAAUUUCUCUUCCCAUUUCUGCUUUUUAACAAGCAACUUUUUCACUUUUUUUUUUUUUUUGCCCCUCCUGUUUUUGUACUAAGUUGAAGUACGUUGGAGAUUUCAGCAAGGAAUCUGCAAAAUUAACUUUUCUUAUGCUUUAUGAUGUGUGAGGAUAGCAGCAUGUCAAAUGAAAGGUCAAAUGACAGGCACAGUGACUGAAGGGGCAAUCUGGGGGCUGACCAGGCUUCAAGCCUUACUCUUUCCUUGUUCUGUGACACUCAUCCUUGAUUUUAUAUUUAAUUAUUGAAUAUAUAAAUGUCUCAUAAAAGUACUGUUGAGAGAAACGUCUGCAAUGUCUGAUCACUGUAAUAACUCAUUUUAAACGUGUGCUUUCACUGAUACCCCCUCCCCAAGCUUUCCCAGAGAAUCACUCCCAUCUCUCCAGAUCCUGAUAAAAUUUAUUUCACUGGUGUCUUUUUGCCAGCAAACCUUUGUGUUGUGUCAC